UUUCCAACGGUAAUCUUACACUUUAGCUUUCCCUUCUACUAGCCAAAAUGCUAGUAAUAUUACAAGACACAUUCUAAAUAGUUCUAUCGAUUUGUCCAAUAAACAAAAAAUGCAGCCAGAGAGAAUUGAAUCGGUGAAUCAAUCCAAACGCCCCUCAAUGCCAUUAUUUAUCCAUAGCGCCCCACAUAUGUGUGUGGCAUCAUCAAUUGUUCACCAGACUCUGAACUCUGCAGGGAAAUGAAUGACCCAAAAAGGCAACUGGACAGCUGAGUUCAUCAUCCAUUUGGUUGUGGGGAUUUGGAAUCGCUGGCUGCCCAGAACAAGUGCAAUGGAUUGCAAAUAAUGUGAAUGCGCGGCGCCCCGAACAUUGGAACAUGAAACAUGGAAGUGCCUAAUGCUAAUGCGUGAUGGUGCCUCCAGCUGUGGUCAGCGUUUCGGUGGAAACAUUUUGGUAGGAUUUUUGGUCCGGCAUCUGGUGGCAAUAAAUGCAAAACAUGGACAGCACUCGGAUCGAUGGGCAGCAUAUGCAAAUGCUGUCAAAAACAUUCCCAUUGCUGGCAUAUUUCCGACACGUUUCGGUUGCUUUUCAAACGGAAAAUAAAAAAAAAAAAAAAAGAAAAUAGGAACAAGUCAAAAUCAAUUGAAGGGGGAGAAUGAAUUUGCUUUGUGUGAAUCCUAAACUACUAACUUUUUAUGCACCAUAUGAUCGCAGUCAAAGAAGGAUACUGACUUUGCUAAAUCCCACCUAUAAGCAAGUUCUGUUUAAGGUAAAAUCAAAUGCCCAUCGGCACUAUAACGUUAGCCCAAAUGCCGGCAAGAUAGAACCAUAUUGCACCAGCGAGAUCAGCAUUAUUCUGAACCACUUUAGUUUUGAAGAAAAUGUGAGCUAUAAUCAUCUAUUUACAAUCCAAUCUAUAUACGCUCCCGGAAAACAUUUUAAUGGCGAGACAACGUUGGCAAUUUUUCGUCGGGUUUCACGUAGAAAAAUCUGCUCAAAUAUUAUACCCGUUCGACUCGAGGAUAAGCCCCUUCCACUGUCCAAAUCUAGCUUAGAGUCCCUCUCCAGUUUUUUCAAAAAUUCAAUGGAAAGGGAUCUGCAGCUUAGGCCACUUUGUCCACAUUGUCCUAAAAGGUUGGAGUUCCUUCAAGGACAGAAAAAACCAAUAAACAGCGGACAUAUAUACAAGCUUUUCAUCUUUGGCUCCCUUGUGGCAGUUGUUUUUACAGCGUAUAUGCAGCGUGAGCAAAUGUAUGAAAUCUUUAUAAACAAUUUAUUCUAAAUUAAUUUUAUUAUCGUAGAUCUUUGAAAAUAAAAAGCUUUAAAAACUUAUUUAACUAAAGAAUUCAAUAAGUCAUGUUAGCUGCCUUAAGAAAAUUUCUUUCCAUAAAGAUAAGUGUUCCAUAAACCAUAUUAAGUUAUAGGACUUUAUCUAUUUUUCUAAAGGAAUGAUAGCUUUAACUUAAGC